UAAGGACAGAGUUCAAAGAGACAGUGGAUAAGAGACUAUUAUUUCGCGCACUCCCAGUUAAACAAUUGCGCAACGCAAUAUGGCGACGACCUAUCUAAUGUUAUGAGGGAGAAAGAAAAAGGAAAAUCUCGUAAUUCUCCCUAUCUUUUGUUCUACUUUCUCCUUGGUGGAAUUUUUUGAGACACGAAAAUCUUGGCAUGAGAAGCUUAAAAAGUAAUAGGAAAUCAAACACAGGAUAUAGUAGCCAAUCAGAAUGACGGCUUAAGAACAGUAAUUGACUGUAAUAACCGAGGUCGUGACCCGGAAGACUAACAACCAAUAAGAAUUGUAAAGAGAAAAAUUGACAGCCAAUCAUCGUUCGCUAACAAUAACCGCAAUACGGCUCGGUUAUCACCUAUACUUUCAAUUUGUAAUCUUUUUAACCUCGUUGUAUAAAAGCAUAUAGGAAUCAAGUGAUUUAAUUUUAUAAGAUGUUUGAAUGGGCAUACAAUGGGGCGAACGCCUCAAUACCACGUAAUGUUGGCCCAGAAUGUGCAUACUUUUUACCUAACAGACGGAAAAUACUUGAGACAAUAUUUUCAACGGUGUUUAUAAUAUUUCUGUGCACCUGGGCAUGGAAAAGAAUGUCUUUACCUAAACUAGCAGUCCAUUUUAGACCUAAGCGACGAGGUGAAAAAAUAUUAUUGGUCUUAAUGUCUUUUAUACUAGGAAUGGAGAUAGGUUUUAAGUUUACUAGUCGAACAGUUGUAUAUAUUUUCAAUCCUUGUCAUGUGACAUCCAUGUUACAGUUGUACCUGCUGGCUGCUGAGCCAAGUCCACUUGUAACUGCUAUUUUCAGGAUACAGUUAAAUCUAAUGAAUGGUCCAUUUUUAGCUUAUGCAUUUCCAGAAACUGAAUCACGAAGGAUAUUUGCUGACAAGGCAUUGUAUUAUAUUCAGCAUGCCUUAAUGGUAGUAAUUCCUUAUUACUUAUUAAGGAUAGGAGGUCCAUACACUGCAGAACCUCUAUCGGAUAUGAGUUGGUGUGCGUUUUCAUUUGGACUCAACAUGGCUUAUCAUUUCCUGUUUCUUCAAUUUAUGGCUUUGCCGAUACAAGUCAAUUUGAGUCAUAUUCUAUGUCCAGCAAUAUUGGAUCCAUUUGGAACUGAAAAUUACCGACUCUGGACAUUAGUUCAUCAGGGAAUUCUUUGUCCCUUGUUAUGCAAGUUUAUAUGCGCAACAUCUUCCUUCUUCUUAACGAAAUUUCCUCCUGCAAAAACUGAGCCAACAUUAACAUCUGCGAUACAAGAAUCUAGUUGCAACUGGGAUGACAAUCAUAGCAAAGAAUCCAGUAAAACUUCAGAUCUAGUGUCUAGUAGCAGCCAAAAUUCUCACAAACAUGUUGAGUAAAUGUAGUAAGUCUGCCGUAAAUUGUAAUAAGACCGCCUGCGCUAAAAAGCAACCUGUCCAAUUCUGAUGUAUCUUGUACGUAUACGCUUUCACGUUACCUAAAAGUACUAAUAUGUACUAAAUGUUAAUAUAAAAAUGAGACUAGAAUUCGUUUGAGAUCUUGCUCUUGAUGAUUUCGAAUGGAAACUCAACUAUACAAAAUUCAAGUUUUAACUCUGUCAUAAAAUAAAAUAAAUUUUUAAGGGUACUUUUGUUGCAUGAGUAAACGCAAAAGGACUUGUUUCUUUGAAAAUAUAUACAUGAAGCAGAACUUGUAAUUCCUGAAAUGCAAAUAUGGGAAUUCAGAUAUUUCUCUCGAAAGAAUGUUUAGAGCAUUUUUAAACUUGUUGCAUAAGUCAAUAAGAUUAGUAUGUAUUCAUUUUAUUUUUAUUUCUAUUACUUGCUGAGUUUCUAUAGAAAUAAAGAUAUGUGCUUUCUAAGGCCUCGUGUUAUGUAUAAAGUCGUCCACAUUGGUCAGUGACAUUUUCUUCUCAUCUUUCAACUUAAUUGUAAUUGAAUCAUUUAUUUGAUAACAUAAAAAAAUGUUAAAGUAAUAAAGAAGCCAAAAAAUAUAAUAUUUGCGUAAUAAUAUUAGUUAAACUUAAAGGUACCUUUUCAUAAAAAUGGUAUAUUAUACUAAUUGUCAAAACUGUAAUUCUAGCUAUCCAUCUAAGCGUAGUAUAAAUAUUUAAUUGAAGUAUUCUGACCAAAAUAAUUAUGCCUUUUCAUAAGCGCUUUUUGAAUGAAUUAUUUUCUUUACAUAAAACUAAUAAUUAAAGAAAUCUUCUUAUACUAUAAAAUAGCAAGACCUUAAAAUCAUAAGAUUCGCGGAAAGUGGAAAGAAAAGUCAAUCUAUGUACCUUUCACAGUUUGUCAUUUGUGCAGAUAAAUCUAAAAAUAUUAAACUAGACCAUAAAGUGUUACUGUUAAACUAUUUCUCUCGAACGGAGAAGUGUAGAAAGUAUCAUUGGAAUUAAAUUCACGAUCUUUGAAAGAGAAAAUGGUAUCUUAAGACUAGUGAUAGUUUUCACGGUGAUGUUUUUGUAAAAUAAUUAAUUUACAUUUGAUUAAGAGGGAGCAAGAUAAUCAUUAAAGAUUGAAGAAAUAUUUCUUUUUUGUAAUGUCUUCAUCUUUUACUUGACAAGUACCGAUACAGUGCUGUAAUAGGUAUUAGGAUCAAAUGAUCACAAUUAUUAAAAUAAUAUGGGCUGUCAUUAGUGACGAAUAAAAUGCUUUAUUAACCAAAUAAAAAACAUAAAUAUUUUGAUAUCCUGCUAAAAAACAGAAUAGCAGCACUAUAUCUGAUUAUUAAUCUCUGUUAGAUUAAAAUAUUAUACAAUUUCUAUAUAGAACAUCAUUAAUAAUCAAGGUUGAUGACAUAUUCUAUUGUAAUUAUAAUGCAUAUAAACACAAACCUCUUUUGUUUUCAUGAAAAAAAAUCUGAACGUAUUAAAUAAAAUGAUUUAUUUACAAACAACAAUACACUUAUCAAGAAGAUAAUACAAAGGUUACAGACCUUCGCUUGAUAAUUUUACCUAUACUUUUGUACAGAACUAUGUUGUACUUAAAAUAAAAAGGAAUGAAACAUCAGGCAGCAUAAUAUCCAAAGCAAGAUGUAAGUUCAAGCGGCUUUGCUUACCGAUAUUAUUUAAUAUGAUACAAUAAAUGCAUAGUUGUUAAUAUGUAAACUAAUGGAAUCAUUGACUAGGUAAGAACGCUAUUAUUACUAGAGGAUGAUUGUAUCAUAAUUAUUUCUUGGAUUAGAAUAAUAUUAAUUUAAUGCGGAAAAACGGUUAAAAACAUGAUUAGCAAGUUAAAAAUUCCAAUUUAGUUAUUAUUCUAGAGACUAUGUAGUUCUAUAAUGGUAUAUUACGCCUAUAAAACAGUCAAUUCACGCGUGACUAUAGGGGGAUUAUAUUUUACUCUGUACAAGUCCUCCUAUGCUCUAAAAAAUAUUUUACUUUUACUCUAACGUUUCUUUUUGAUAGAACUGUCACUCGCUUAAGGCACCUUUACAAUUUCGACAAAUGACUUCUAACAAUAGCAAAGUAUGCGUCCCAAGUUGCAAAAACGUGAAACAUCAUCAUCAUCAUCAUUAGUAUUACUACAAUAAAGAGUUCAUUGUCUUCACACUUUAUCAACCAUUAAUGCGUAGAAGGCGAAAACGCUGUACGUAGGAUACUUAACUAUCGUAACUUGUCUCGCUGGAAUACCGAAGUUCAAAGCACCGAUAUGCAGGCGUAAGGCGGGCGAGAAAUUUAAUCAGUUAAGUCUAUGAGGAAAAAGUAACACCUUUUGCAAGCCAAACAAAAUCGGCGACAAAAUGUUUAUAAGAAAUAACAUUUAUUUCUUAGUGUUCGAAUAAUGAUUCUGUAUGUACAUACAGAAUUCUGUACAAAAGUUUAGAAGAAAUCAACGAAUUCUAUGGUAGAUGUGAUAGUAGUAAUAAAUAUAUACAGUAAAAUGUCUGACUUGUAAUUAUCGCAGUUAUUGAAAUAUAAAUUUCUUAUUAUUGAGCUCUGUAUCGUUAGCACACUUCUGCAAAUUUCAUUCACAUGUAAUAAACAAUAUCUUUAUUAGGA